CAGGGGCGCGCACGGCUCACCAGCCAGCUCUGCCCAGAACGCGGGAAGGCUACCUGCCGUGUGCGGGUUUCCCAAGCGCGCGGGGCUCCGCCUGCUGCCCUCGGGCGAGCUCCAUCCGCUCGUGCCCGGGGGCCCUCGGUCACCCCGCUGUCGCUCCUCCCCAUCAGCGCACCGUCUAGACGGGCCACCUGCCACUGAGAGCACCGACCGCCUCCAGCUGAGCGCGGAGCCACCGAGCCCUGUGUCUAGGUCGUUUGGGAAGCGCCUUGGAGAGUCAAGAAUAAAAUUGCAGGUCAAACAAUGGAUGACUGGAAAAGUCGGCUUGUAAUCAAGAGCAUGGUUCCCCAUUUCGCCAUGGUGGGAAAUCGUCAGGAGCCCAGAAAGCUCCAGGAAUCGGGAACCAUUAAGAGGAGACAGGAAGGAGAUAAUUUCCAGUUUCCAGGCAUGGCUGACGGGGGUUACCCUAAUAAAAUCAAGAGGCCUUGCCUGGAAGACGUUACCCUUUCUAUGGGCCCGAGCGCCCACCCCAGCACGUCCUGUGCGGAGCUGCAGGUUCCUCCGCUAACCAUGAACCCCAGUCCCUCGGCUGUGGGAGUAACGGGCCAUUCGUUGCCACUCGAAGCGAAUCCCAUGAAUGGCAAUGUCAUGGGCUCACCAUUCGUGGUGCCGCCGGCUGCAGAAGUGGGACUGAAAGGGCCCACUGGCCCCUACUAUGACAAAGCCAACAGCGUGCCGGCUGUGGACCAGGAACUUCAAGAUCUCCUGGAGGAGCUAACAAAAAUUCAAGAACCUUCUCCUAAUGACCUGGAUCUCGAGAAGAUCCUGGGGAGCAAGCCGGAAGAACCACUGGUCUUAGAACACCCGCAGGCGACCCUGGGUACAACUGCCAAGCCUCCGGUUCAGAUGCCACACUUGGAGAGCCUGGGGUCCAGCAAGGAGUUUGCUUCUAGCUGCAGCCAGCUCCCUGCCGCCGCGCUGCAAGUCCCGCCCUCCCCGGCCGGGCUCGGCUACGCCAUUCCCUCCACCAGUAAGCAGGUGGCCUCGCCCAGCUCUCCGGCGGCACAGGCCAAGAGCCAGGUCCAGGGGGUGCUCCCUGUCACUCUGCCCCCGCUCCCGGUGCCUCAGUGGCAUCACGCCCACCAGCUGAAGGCGCUGGCGGCCAGCAAGCAGGGGGCCGCUACGAGGCAGCCCGGGCCCAGCCCCGGCUGGCCGGGCCUGCCGCCCCCGGGCCUCUCCCCGUCUUACCGCCCGGUGCCAUCGCCGCACCCCCCGCCGCCGCCGCCGCCGCCGCCGCCGCCGCCGCCGCCGCCGCAGUUCAGCCCGCAGAGCCUCAUGGUGUCCUGCAUGGCGUCCGGCAACCUGCCGGGGAGCGCUUUCCAAGCGUCGCCCAACGCCUUACUCGCCAGCAUGGCAUCCAGCGGCAGCGCCGCCCUUGGGCCCGCCAUGCUCUACACUCCCGAGAAGCUCCCCAGCCCCGCUCUCAGUCAGCAGGCGCAGUUCAGCCCGCAGAGCUCCCUUCUGGCCAACCUGGUGUCGUCUAGUGUCAAAAGCCCGCCAGGACACCUGCUGUCCGCUCUGCCCACCAGCACCCCGGGGCCCUCCCCGCCCUACCGGCCGGAGAAGCUGUCCAGCCCGGGCCUGCCGCAGCAGUCCUUCACGCCGCAGUGCUCCCUGAUCCGGAGCGUCCCCCCCUCCGGCAACGCGCUAACUCAGCGCCGCCGCCGCCGCCGCCGCCCCCCCCCCCAGCAGUCAGCAAGCAUCUUCAAGCCCGUGACCGCCAACUCACCCAAAACCCUGAGCAUGAUCAUGCAGCAGGGGCUGGCCAGCCCCAGCCCGGGAGUCCCGGAGCCAUUUACUUUUGGCAACACCAAGCCCCUGUCGCAUUUCGUUUCCGAGCCGGGCCCCCAGAAGAUGCCCUCCAUGCCUGCCACCUCUAGGCAGCAGUCCCUGCUCCACUACCUGCAGCAGCCGCCGCCGGCCUCCUCUGCCACCGCCUCGUCCACCACCACUGCCACCUUGCAGCUGCAGCAGCCGCAGCCUGACCACUCCUCGUUCCUCCUGCAGCAGAUGAUGCAGCAGCCCCAGCGCUUUCAGCGGUCAGUGGCCCCGGACUCCAUGCCUUCUCUGCCCAGACAGCGAGAGAAGCAGAGAUCAGGUCUUACGGCAAUGACCCCUGAACAGCGGAGUGCGUAUAUUGCCCAACAGAUGAGUCAAUUUCAAGCCGUCCAAGAACAAGUCACCUCUAAGUGUAGCCAGACCAAGGCAAGCCCCCCAUCCAGUCAACCCAUGAUGCCCCCCAGAGCUGGGCUCCUUCAGAACAAUCCGAAUCCAGCAAUGAUCCCACCCACCAGGCACCAGAGCCGCGAGGGCAUGGGCAUGGCCUCGCCGACUCCGGGCAAGCAACAAGGAAUUCCCCACUGUAACCCCCCGUUCCCCAUACCCUCGUGCCUGGGCCAGAACCCCCUGGGCAGCCAUCGUCCGCAGAUUCCCAAGGCGGCCCCCUCAGGAGCGCCCCUGCCUAGGUUCUGUCCCAGACCCCUGGGCAGCCAGCUCCCGAGUCCCCACCAGCUCAGACAGCCCUGUGUGCCAAGAAUGCCCUCAGUGUUCAACGAUGCCGUGUGGGCGGUGGCCGCGGCGGCAGCUGGGACCACAGCGGUCUCGAGGGAGUCCCCCCCGAGCCACGUAGACCGUAGCACCCAGCCGCACUUUGAUAGCGACUCGAUCUUCACCAAGGAGCCCGCCAGAGCUCCCCUGGUAGCCCCGACAUGUCCAUCGCAGCAGGCAGUUGUGCCCCCCAAUCAGGUGGCCCCAGGAGGCAGGCCUGGCCAGAAGGUGAGUGUUGCUCCGGUCAACCCCAGCUUCGGCCUGCUGGGCAACCAGAGCCUCAAGCAGAGCCCGGUGCGGGGUCCCGUGCCCAUGCUGAACGCCGCCAAGUCCCUCCAGCAGGGCAUGGCCAGCUUUGGUCCCGUGAGUCCCAUACAGGGCAUCGAGCCGCCAAGCUCUGUGGCCGCCGCCGCCGCCUCUGCCGUCACCGCCAGCCAGUCCCCAGGUCCAUUCGGCAGAACGGGUACCCCCCCUGAGCUGCCACCCUACGACUUUUUGUCCCCGGCCCCGCCCCCACUAAACGGUCUGCUCUCAGCCCCUGACUGCAGUGAGGUGGGCUUCUCUGAAGCCCCCUUGAAAGGCCCUGGUGGGAGCCCAGAGGAGGGCUGGGUGUGCAACCUGAGGCUCAUCGAUGACAUUCUGGAAGAGCACGCUGCCGCCGCCCCCGCCCCCCAGAGUGCUGGGGGGCUUUAAGUGCCCGUAGAAACCCCCACGCCCUCACCACUUUAGGCAGUGGCGUGGAGCCAUGGCCAACCCACCGCCCGCCACACAGCCACCCAGUUGUUUCCUCCCCACAACCUGAGUGGCAUCCGCCUGUGCUCAUCCCUCUCUCUACCUGUGACAAAAUGGAAAGCUGGUGAUUUUUCAAGCUACCUGUACAUAUUUGAAAAUUUUGUAAAUGGUUUUCCUAAACGUUAAUGACAGAAGUAUUUAUACUUCAUUUUGUGACUUUGUAAAUAAAGUGACGGCUUUUGUUUCAGUAGAGUUGUGUUUAUUAUGCAUUGUUUGUGUUUAUUAUACAUUGUCGCAAAUAGGCAGGCUGUGUUCGUUGCUCCGGCGCUCCCGUGUGAAGCUCCAGUGCUACCUUAGAAGCCAGGUAGUGGAGUCGCUUACGGUUUUGAUGCAGUGAGAGAUGUGGAUGUGACCAAGAGGCAUUGUACAAACUGACAAACGCCAAAUAGAAACCCCUUGGCCAUUUAUUGCCAUUUUCACUAAAAAUGCUAUUGUCUUGUGUGAUUCUUAAACUCUUGCAAACCUGUCUCCGCUGGCCCUUCACUGAUGUGCAUAUUACAGCAAGCUUUACAAGUGCCCUGCAGGGGAAAUUUGCCAGGAGGUUAAGAGUUCUGAGGCUUUGGGAGGGGUGUAGAGAGGGCCUGUGAGCUGCACACUGGCCGUGCUGUCCACCCUGAGGAUCCAGAGUGUCCUCUCUUUCUCAUUCAGAGAAACCCCCAGGCUCCCACUUCCCCAGUGGCACCUUGCAGGGCGGAGGUGAGAGGUUCCUGGUUUAAAGCCUUUCAGUAUUUGUUUUCUUGUAAGGUCUGUGGUUGGGGCGGGGGGGUAGUCUGUAAACAUUAAUGGUUGACGGGGUUUGUCUUUGAUGGUUUUUAUCUGCAAUUAUCGUCAUGUAUAUUUAAGUGUCUGUUAUAGGAAACCCACACCCACUGUCCUGUAAACUUUUCCUCAGUGCCCAGACUUGUGUAAUCACGUUUUAAUUGCCACCUCCUCCUUCGCCUCUACAUUUGAAAUCUGGCGUCUGUUUCCAGCCAGUGCGUUUUUUCUUUGUACUGUAAUAAAGAGCCAGGAGAAAAGUG